AUGGAAAAUGCCCGCCAAAAGCCUGCUGGAAAGCUUUUGGAAAGCAUCCGGCAGGUUUUUUUUUUCUAAGUAGAAGAUGACCACUUGCUGGAAAGCUUUCAAACGCCUUUCAAGGAACCGAGAGCGGAAGCUUCCCAACUUUUACCUGAGAAUAGAGUUUUCCCUUCCGAAUGAAGAUAUCCGAAUAUUUUUCGAAAAUGCGAGGUAUCUGCUAGUUCCGUUCAAUUUUUCAUCGUCGGAAAAUUUGAAGACGAAGCUUUUUGAGACAUAGUUGCUCCAAGGAGAAUCAAUACUAAUGAAUUUUGGUAUCUGUGAACGGAUUUUUGCGUUAUUUUCCAAUCACUCUUCAUCUCGAAAAGCCCUAAAAUAAAGAAAAAAAAAUUAUGAAUCAAAUUUAUUGGUACUUCAUUUAUCCUUGAUGAAUCCAUAAUCAAACUGAUGAGAAACAACAUUUUCCAAAAAUUUCGAUAUUUCGAAAACGAGUUUUUAAUUUAUUUUCUAGCCGCGGCUCAAAAAUUUCCAGCCAUUUUUUUCCAGGAACUCGACAGCGUCGAAAAAUACAUCGAGGAUGAGGAAGUCCUGGAAAUGCUCCACAAAAAGGCCGAAAACAUGACCGACGAUGAGAAAAUGAUGCAGGUGCCCAUAAAACUGAUCCGUCAAGGUUUUGGCUUGAAAUUGUUCAAAUUGAAGGGAUAUAAUACUUUUAGCCGCGAAAAUCGGCUUGACGAUGAGCGGGAAAAACGCUAGUGAGCUCGAAGGAAAGUCGAUUCGAAUGAUCAGCCCGAGGAUCAUGGGAAUCAUGCCCGAGGAGGAGAACGACAAGGAGGUGAACAAAUGAAACGGAUUGAAUAUAUCCGGGUUGUUCAGAUCAACAUCUUCUCGCCGUCGCUCUUCUCCCUGCACGACGAAGGAAAAGGCGUCGAGAAGGCGACGUCGUUGAGCCGAAUCCUCAAAGGCUCCAACUUCGGCGACGCCGAUUCCCAGCAGUUGAUCGACCUGAUCGUCGAGGCCACUGGCGUUUCGGAAGCCGUUGAAGAUGCUGAGGUCCUCAGUUAUACCGAUUCUUCCAAAAUUCAGAGCGAACUCAAACGAGUUCACUGUGGAAUACACUGAGGAGAAUGCAAAAAUGCAAAAUUUCAAAUUGACAAAAAAAUUUUUUCUAGAAGACUAACCUUGAGAACGUAGUCGAGGUAGAAUUGGAGGACAAAGUAUUCGAUCGCUAAAAAAAACAGUCUGACGCGAGAGAAAAGCGAUGUCGUUGGCGGUAAAUUAAUAACAUCGCAAAAAUUUCGCACCAUCCUUGCACGGAACUCGCAUUUUUCAAGCGCGACAUCGCAUUUAUCCCGCACUUCUGAAACAUCCAAAAAAAAAAAUUCGAAGUUUCUAAAAUGCGAUAUCGCGCAGAGAAAAAGCGAUAUCGCGUCAAGGAAAAUGCAAGACCGGUGCGGCUAAGAAGCACCGGUCUUGCAUUUUAGCGAGGUCGCAAAUGUACUGCCAGCGAUCCAGAAUUUAUCCUGGCAGUUACUUUCCUAGUGGUAAUCUCAGGAAAAGGAUCAUGACCUCAGAACAACUUUUCCAGAGAAACUUUGUUUUCAAUUUUAGAAAAAACUGGAAGAAACGGACCGGAAACGCGACGAAUCGAUGGGAUUACGUGGGCCUGACGGUCAGCCGCUGUUCUUCACCAAGGAAAAUAUGACCCGGAUCAGUCCGAAAGAGGCCAAAAAGAUUGAGCUGAUCGAGAAGUUGGAGAAGAUGUAUACGGCUGAACAGGUGGGUUUUAAAGGAGCAGAGGCUUUUCGAUUUUUGUGUCUUUAGGAGCAUUGUAGCGUCACUAAUAUUAUUUUUAGACACGAUUUUUAUGUUUCUAUGACCUGAGAGAAAAGAGAGUGCAGACAGGUCAGAGUCGUGACGGACUUAGGAAUUUCAGAGCGGUCCCUAUAGGAUUAGGGGCAAAAAACAACUCUUAUAGGUAGGGACCGCAAAGCCACGCCCCUUUUCGCGAUAGAAAAGGGGGCUUUUUUUUAUUGGUUUUCAACUUUCAUUUUGUUGUAGUUGCAAAAUAUAUGGAACUGGAUAAUGAAAUUUGACACACAUGUACAAAAAAGCUUCCUCUUUCGUUUAAAAAAUAUUUCACGCUUUUUUGAUGCGUUCUCGCGGAAUGUCGUACAAAAAAACGUGAAUGGAACUAAAAAAAUGUUGUCAUUUUUUUGCUUUUUUUCAUGUGUUUUUCAGGUCGAACGCACUCUUUCUUUUUCUUAUAAAAUGAUUUUGAUUCAAGUAACGGUAAUUUUAAAACAAUAAAAUAAAAAAAUUCGUCUUUGCCAAAAAAAUUUUUAGGGAGUGCCGAAAGUCAUAAUUCAAAAAUAUCGUUAAUAAGCGAAUAUAAUCGAGUUUUUUUAUUUUUUUUCAAAAAUUUAGAUCGUGGGCUUACUUAAAUAUUUCUCCACAGCAUCUGUGUUUGAAAAAAAGUUGUUUAAUACGCAAAAAAACGCUCUUGAAAACUAGAGAAUAAAAAUUAGCGGCGUUUAUCACACAGAAAGCGGUCGAACGCAGGUUUUUUUCAAACGAUUAUAUACAUUUUUUUAGUAAAAAAAUCUUUCAAUUAAAAAGAAUAAAAAUAAAAAAAUUCGUCUUUGCCAAAAAAAUUUACGGGGCCGUUUUAAUGCAGCGAUCGUUAAACGAGGCAAAAAAAGCACUAAAAAAACAGCUUUUUUUCAAAGUGAAUUUCCACGGAAAGUUUAGGUAAAGAUUUGCGAACAUAUUCUGAUAAAAAUAGCUAAAUACUUCAAACUUUUCUUUUUAAAAUAGGCAAUCUGUGCUAUCCAAACGGCUCAAGGGUAAGGGGGGUGGAAGCUCCCCUCGCCAGACCUAACAGCUUGGCGCAGCGCGUGCGCUGCGAUUUUUUGUUUUGAGGUCGCGAGUUCGAUGCCCACAAGCGUCAGUUUUUUUGUUUUCUGGAAAAUACCGACUUUUUCGGCAAACUAGCAAAUUUUCAUUAUUUUAGCACUCUAUUAGGAUUUGUUACAUCAUAAUAAACCAGUAUCAAAACUUGUUCUAGAAGAAAAAUCGAGAAAAAUGUCAAAAAUGGAUAAUACCAAAAUUUCAGUACUAAAAAAAUGGUGCGCGGCGCGCCACAUUUUUCGUCAUAACUUUUUUCAUCCUGAAUCUUUUUCGAAAAACUAAACGGUUCUGAGUUUUAAAUCGAAACAGCUAUCAAACCAUACAAAACUCAAUGCUGAAAAAAAAUUUUUGAAAAUUCGUCUGCGGUCCCUACCUAGAGGAGACCCCAAGCUUGCCCUAUAGGGACCACUCUAGAGUUCCUCAGUACAUCAAGAAAUACGGUGAAUAGGAUUGAAGAGGUCACUUAAGAAUAGUUGGUAGUCAUGGCUCCAUAUUGCUUCAGCAUACAAAUUGAACAGAUGAAAGAAAUGAACACGACGGGCUACGCGAUCCUGACGCCGGCGCAGCGACUCCACGUCUACGGCCCCCAGUCGCCUCACUACAAUCCGAAGCUCCUGAAGACGUCGGGAAACAUGACCAACGCCCAGAUCCGACGCCUCAUGCACCAGACCAUCAAGGACGUCGCCGCUGGAAAGACCAAAUUCGAGGUUCUUCUGAGAAGUUCAGAAGUCAGAAGAACUGGAGGAGAUUUUCAGGUCCGACGGAACGAUAUCGUCCUGUCGCCAGUCGUCAACACCGCUUUGAUUUUUGACCCGGUGGUACGUUUUUCUCGUAGUCUUUGAAUCCCGAGUGGAAAAGUUUGCUUAUCCAGUUUUAUAAGUUCUAAGCGAUGAGGGACCAAGAGAGUGCAGACGGUUAUGACCAAAAUGACCAAAACUUGCAGUUCGCCUCGCAAUCGAUCGUCCUCUCGCCGGUGCUUCUGACGCCGCUGAUCGGCUCCCCGGCCAUCUUCGGCAACGUCAUCCUGUCGCCGUGGGUCUUCGUUCCGAUCAUCAUCUCGCCUCGACUUUUGUCGCCGGUCAUCCUCUCCCCAUUCGUCAUGUCGCCAGUCAUAUUAUCGCCGCUGGUGCUCGACCCGGCCGUCUUGUCGCCCGGCGUCAUGAACCCGUUCGUGCUCUCCCCGCUGCUCCUGACGCCGUUCAUCCUGUCGCCGCAGGUGAUGACGCCCAUCAUCCUGUCGCCGUUCGCCCUGACGCCUCUGAUCCUCAACCCCAUGCUUCUCUCCCCGCUGGUCCUGUCGCCGUUCGUGCUUUCCCCGUCGAUCCUCUCGCCUCAGUUCGUCACGGCGUUGGUCCUCUCACCGUACGCUCUGUCGCCUUCCGUCGAGUCCAAAGGAGCCCUCAUCACCGUCGUCGCCUCGCCCAGCUGGCUCAGCUAG